AUGAACGUUUUUGUCGUUCCAGCGUCUCCCAGGACUGGGCAGGCCACGAUUCGAUUUCUCCUUGAUCAUUCCUCGCAGCCAUCUGUAACAGGGGUCUAUAGAGAUUUGGGAAGGGCCCCGGCUAAAUUCAAGGAUCAUCCUCGAUUCAAGGCCAUCAAGGGUGACCUUGCUGAUGUUGGCAGUCUCAAAUUCGCAGGCGCCGAUGCCGUCGUAACCAUCACGCCUCCACAGCCUUUCGAAGCCAAGCCGAUAACGAGAGCACGGGAGAUGGCUGCCAACGUCAAGUUUGCCAUUAGCAGGGCGGGGUGUUCGGUAAAACGUCUGGUGUAUGUGUCUAGUAUAGGCGCUCACUUGGAGCAUGGGACGGGCGCGAUAAGAACGAAUUACGAGGCAGAACAAGCCCUCAUCGGUGCGGCUCCCGAGGUCAUCUUUAUCCGAUGCGCCUACUUCAUGGAGAAUUGGGUGGCGGCCCUCGAGACCGUGAAGAAUGACCCGCCAUAUUUUUAUUCUGUGCUGUGUCCUGAGGAUUACGCAAUUCCCAUGGUGUCGGUCAAGGACGUUGGCCGAACCUGCGCAAGGGAAGCACUAGCAGCCGGCUCGCCGAUGCGACAUAAUCCCUACAUCUUUGAUUUGCACGGGCCAAAGUCCUACGCAACACAAGAUGUGCACAAUGCGUUCGAAGACAUGAUAUGGAAGAAGGUCGAGGUCAGGUUGGUGGGAGACAAGCAGCUGGAGGAAUUCUUCGCACGACUUUUUCAGCCACCAAUGGCUGGGCUGUUCGUGGAGACGACGAGGAGUUUCUUGCCCGGAGGAAUCGUAGCUGUCUCCCAGAUCCUGAUGGCAUCUAAUGGAGAGAAAGGACAAGUUUCCUCAUCGCCAACGAGCGACGACGAGACAGCACAAGCCGAUGAGGAAGAGCUAGACAUGGACCAUGGAAUUGUCGCAUGGCUUCAAGUCCUUGGAAGCUGGAUUUUGUUUGCCAACACGUGGGGACUGUCAAACUCGUUUGGAGUUUUCCAAGCCUACUACUCAAACAACCUCCUCCCAGACUUCAACCCUUCGACCAUUGCCUGGAUCGGCUCCAUCCAGAUCUUUCUGAUGAUGCUCACCGGCGUCUGUGCAGGCUGGCUUCUCGACGCGGGGUAUCUUCGUUUCAUCCUUAUCUGCGGCACUGCCAUGACAUCUCUCGGUCUGUUCAUGCUGAGCUUGUGCACGAGAUAUUGGCAGAUUCUUCUUGCGCAGGCACUCUGCGUCGGCACGGGCAGUGGGUUGCUUGGGUUGACGUGCGUGGCUGUGAUACCUCUCUACUUUCGCAGGAGGCGGAUGGUCGCGACUGGUAUUGCUGCUACGGGAAGUAGUUUAGCGGGGAUCGUGUAUCCCAUAAUGGAGAGACGCCUCAUCGCCUCUAUUGGCUUUCCUUGGGCUGUUCGAGUGUUCGCAUUCAUCGUCAUGGGAAGUCUCCUGGUGUGUAUCGCCAUCAUGCGUCUUCGACCCAAUCUCAAGAGACGUGGUGCGCUCUUCCGCCUGAAGCACUUCAGCGAUGUUCCCUAUGUUUCGUUCUGUAUCGGCUUCGCUCUGAUGAUCGGCUCCGUCUACGUCCCCUUCUUCUACAUGGACGCGUACGCCAUGCGCCUAGGCGUAGACCAAGACACCUCCUUUUAUAUCCUCAGCGCCAUGAACGCCGCGAGCCUUCUCGGUCGUCUAGCCCCCAACUGGCUCGCCGACAAGUACGGAGGUAUGACCAUAAUGAUCCCUUGCUGCCUCUGUUCCGCUGCCGUACUCUUCCUCUUCCGCUUUGCGAACGAUUUGCCGGGACUGGUUGCGAUAUCAAUCGUGUAUGGCUUUGUCUCGGGCGGCAUGGUAUCGUUGCCGCCGGCUACCAUUGCAAACUUGACGGAUGAAAUAUCAGAAUACGGGACGAGGGUGGGCAUGGGAUAUACCAUCGCGAGUUUUGGUGCGUUGAUUGGAAACCCCAUUGCGGGUGCUGCGCAGCGCCCGCAAGGGAACGGGACGGCAGAUGUGCAGAGGGAGUUCCAGGGGACUUGGAUCUUUGCCGGUGGAUUUAUGCUCGCGGCUUUCACUUCGAUGGAUGCCUACAGAUCUUGGUCCAGUGCCACUUAA